UUGGGCCGGUGUUGCAAAACAGCUGUUUGUGGUAAAUUACGUUUAUUUGUGAAGUUAUAAAUAUACAUUUUCAGUUCAAGUUUAACAGAAAAUAUGGACGAAUCAAAGUUCGAUGCAGAGGAGGAAGUUCCGCGCAGACAACUGAACGUGUUUGGACGCGACGUUUCACAGAUUCCAUGCUUUCGUAACAGCUUUCUGUACGGGAUUAGCGGCGGAAUAGCGGUAGGUCUAGGCACUUUCCUAGGUACAUCUCGAACUCGACUAUCGACACAUGUUGGUUUUAGCAGCUUCUUUAUUGGCACACUUGGCUAUUGGUUGGUUUGCAGAUAUCAAUGGUCUAAGAGGCGCUUUGAAUAUCAACAAUUAAAGGAAGCCAUGCUGCUCCAAGGCCUACACGAGGGCACUGAUCUUGAGCGUAAAAUUCUGGAAGAGGCCUAACUUAACGUGUUACUUAAUUUUUACAAUAUAGUUGACUAUGAACGAAUAUGUAUAUAAUAUUUACAAACAAAUUGUUGCUUAUUAAUUGUGACAAGUUUUUUAAAUAGGUGAUUAAGCCAAACUAAAGUUUUAGUUAUAAAAAAAGAGAGCCUUGCUUUAUUUCCUCUAUUAAUAUUAGGCACAUGAAAAAGUUCGGUUACAAAUUUUUAGAAACGAUGAUUUUUGGCAUUGAAACAUGCAACGGCGACACACAAAAUUCUUCGUAUGUAAAUCUACUUUGCGAAGGGUGCCUAUUGAGACCAAAAUUAAUUUUUGGAAUAUUUAGAGGAAACUAGUUAAAUUUAAUGUAUAAAAAAACCGAAAAAUCAGUACCGGCUGAAGAAUCAAAUUGUUAUAGCUGGCAGAACUAUAGAUUACUAAAUAAAAUAAUAUGAAUAUAGAAUAAUAAAAUAACAAAUUAUUAAUAUUAUAAUAAUAAAUGAAAUCCACUAAAGCGAAUUGGAAAGAUUUUACAAAAACAUUUGCAUAAAAAUUUUUUGGAGUUGUGCUAGAGUAAUUUGUAUGAAAUUUGUAACUGCACUGAGACCUUUGAUGCAACCUGGGUUCAUCAAUAUGAUUAGGAGCCCAAGAAAGUGCUGAUGAGUAAAUAAAAAAGUUGGCGCCGCAGUUUAUGAUGACAAUUAUCAGGGUUCAGGGUUAGCUAGCUUUUUUCAUGUAUUUUCGUUUCUGGAAGACAAUGCAUCGUUCAUACCGCUCGGGUAGAGAGGAUUGUCUUAAUGUCGAUUUACCGGGCGAUGCCUUUGGUAUGCAAAUUUAUAAUGCAUGUAGAUUUAAUGCUUUUUAGUAGUUUUUAUUAUAAUUAAUAAAUUCAAUAAUAGUUGAUUAUGUAUUGUGAAAGAUUUGUGAAACAUCUUAAAAAAAUGUUAUUUAUAUUUAUAAGAAAAUUUCAUUUGUUGCACGUUGCGUAUCAGG